AUGGAGCGAGAGAGCCGGGCGGACCCAAGGACCCAGGGCCAGCAGGAACUACCAGCCGCCCAGCCCCGCGGCCCGUCCGCCCGCCCCCUGGCAGCGUCAACCGCGCAGGCGCAACCGGUUGAGCUGGGCAAGAGCGAUGCUGCCUGGCCAGCCUUGGCUUUGAGGAGAGAGGAACGUCCAGAACCGCUGCAGCUUGCUUUCGGCGCUGAGCCGGCAGCCAUGUCCACGGGGUUCUCCUUCGGGACCGGCACGCUGGGCUCCACCACCGUAGCCCCCGGCGGGACCGGCGCAGGCGGCGGUUUUUUCUUCGGGACGGGGCAUCUAGGUAACUGCGCUUCUGCCAACCCUUCAGUGGGUCUCAAUUUUGGAACUCUUGGAAGCACUGCAACUCCUGCCACGACAUCUGCUCCUUCAGGUGGUUUUGGAACCGGGCUCUUUGGAACGAAACCUACCACUGGGUUCACUCUGGGAGGAACAAAUACAGGAAUAGCAGCAACUAUAACUACAGGAUUAACUCUGGGAACGCCAGCUACUACAUCUGCGUCUACAACAGGUUUCAGUUUAGGAUUCAGUAAACCUGCCGCAUCUGCCACACCAUUUGCUCUCCCUAUUACUUCUACCUCAGCUAGUGGUCUUACUCUUUCCUCUGCUCUGACGUCAACUCCAGCAGCAUCUACAAGAUUUACCCUAAAUAAUUUGGGUGGAUCAACAGCUACAACUACUACCCCAUCAACAAGCCUUUCCUUAGGGGGAGCCUCAGCUGGUUUGUUAGGUUCACUCUUCCAGAGUUCAAAUACAGCCACAUCAGGAUUUGGACAGAAUGCUUUAGGCUUGACUUUGGGAACCACAGCAGCUACUUCAACUGCAGGCAAUGAAGGUCUUGGUGGUAUAGAUUUUCGUACCUCAUCAGAUAAAAAGAGUGAUAAAACAGGAACAAGACCAGAGGAUAGUAAAGCACUGAAGGAUGAAAAUCUCCCUCCUGUCAUCUGCCAGGAUGUUGAAAACCUCCAGAAAUUUGUGAAGGAACAGAAACAGGUACAAGAAGAAAUUAGUAGAAUGUCUUCAAAAGCCAUGCUUAAAGUACAAGAAGAUAUUAAAACUCUGAAACACCUUCUGUCACUGGCUGCCAGUGGAUUACAGAGGAACACCCUCAGUAUUGAUAAGUUGAAAACAGAAACUGCUCAGAUAAACUAA